AAAAGGUCUACCAUUUUCCCCUGAACAUCAUUUUCUAUGGUUCUUGAAAACAUUGCCUUCAUAAACGGAUAGAAAGAUGGAGUGAUAGGUACUGUAUUUUAAGAAGACAAGGCAUGUAAUGAAAUAAGAACUGGGGAAGAUGAAUUUGACCAAUUGCACAAGAACAACUGAAUUUAUUCUUGUUGGAUUGCCACGUGUUUGGGGAAUGGAAAGGGUGAUGUAUGCAAGUGUCUUUCUGCUCUACAUCCUAUGUCUAUUGGGCAAUGGGCUCAUCAUUAUGAUGGUAAUUCUCGACCACCAUCUGCAGAAACCCAUGUAUUUCUUCCUUAGCAAUCUUUCUUUCAAAGACAUUGGACACACUACCACCUUUAUGCCUAAACUGUUGUUCAAUUAUCUCUCCGCUAAUAACUCCAUCUGUUUUUAUUGCUGUUUAAUACAAUUAUGCUUCUAUUUCCUUUUUGGAGUCACUGAAUUUUUCAUUAUCACAUUGAUAUCCUUGGAUAGAUAUUUAGCCAUUUGCCAUCCAUUGAGACACUCCACUAUCAUGACUUCGGGGAUCUGCCUUAAACUGUCAAUAUCAGCCUGGUUUGGUGGAUUUUUCUCCAUAAUUUGUCAGGUAGUGAUGAUUGCAAACUUGCCCUAUUGCUCUUCCAACAUUAUCAAUCAUUUCUUUUGUGACGUUGGACCCAUGUUGAAGAUUGCAGGAGGAGAUUCACAUUUUAUUGAAGUCCUUGGCUUCCUUCUUGUUGUGGUCUUGAUUAUGUCCUCCCUGCUUUUUACCCUCAUUUCUUACUUCUUUAUCCUUUGCACUAUUCUUCAAAUGCCUUCAACCUCAAGGCAGCAGAAGGCCUUUUCGACAUGUGCUUCACAUCUGGUUGUGGUCAGCAUUCUGUAUGGAUCAGUCUUUUUUGUCUACUUAAGACCUACUGUCAAAAACGCUUCCUUCAGUAAGAUGAAGUCUGUCUCCAUAUUGUAUACUAUGAUCACCCCUGUGCUCAAUCCUUUCAUCUACACUAUUAGGAACAAUGAAGUGCAGGAUUCUGUACGCAGAAUGCUAGGAAGAAAAAUUCCAGGUUUCUGAAGUCUUCAAGUAUCUCCAAGCCAACCCUAUGUUAAAAGAAAUGGAAAUUCAUUCCAUUUGCAAACAGAAAAUGAAAUGUAAGGUAAUUUGUCUCUUGAAGGACUCCUUUAUAUGUGUGUUUCUCCUGGAUGGGGUGUGCGAGAAAUAGAAAUAGUAAUAGCACUUAGAGUCAUAUACUGCUUCACAGUGCUUUACAAACCUCUCUAAGCAGUUUACAGAGUCAGCAUAUUGCUCCUAAC